AUGGCGGUUGCAUUGCCCAUGGAAUCCAACCCGGAUACAAUGAAUAAAUAUUUGGAGAAGUUAGGCGUGUCCGAAAAAUGGCGGAUGGUUGACGUAAUAGGUUUAGAAGAAGAUGCUCUGAACUGGGUUCCUCGUCCCGUAUUAGCCAUAGUCCUGCUCUUCCCGCUCUCCGAUGCCUACGAAAAACAUCGUCGUGACCAGGAGAAAGAGAUGCAAACGAAAGGACAUGAACCUCCCAAAGACGUGUUCCAUCUGAAACAAGUUCUUAGCAACGUAUGUGGAACUAUAGCCCUGGUACACAGCGUUGCUAAUAAUAUUCCCCAUAUCGAGCUCAACGACGGCCUGCUCAAGACUUACAUUAAUGAAGCGAAGAACCUUGACUCGUCAGCUAAAGGCGCUCUUUUAGAAAAUUCUGCUGCGAUUUUGAACGCGUACAGGGAAAUAGUGCGCACGGGAAGUGAGCCCGGUACCGAGGUCGAGGAAACCGUCAACAACCACUUUGUGACAUUCAUCCACAAGGACGGCCACCUGUUCGAGCUGGAUGGACGCAAGUCAUUCCCUAUAAACCAUGGCACGACUACUCCCGAGCGUCUCCUAGAGGACGCGGCGAAGGUCUGUCGUGAAUUUAUCGCCAGGGAACCAGAUAACAUCGGCUUCAAUGUGGUAGCUCUUGUCCCCGCACAGUAA